GAGGUCAUGGCCUGGACGGCGAACACCCACCGCUGGAGUUUGGCAACCAGAGUGCCAGAGGAGGCGCAGCCAGAGCACGCGCUGGCGCAAGAGCACCGAGGCAAGGCCAACCUGGCACCCAGGAGGGCGAGCACCUGGGCACGCAGGCUAGCGCGGAAGACAGCCAUGGGAAGGGCGGAGUCAACAGGAGCAGGUGCCCUGGGCACCAGCGGCGGCACGGCGGUGCCCAUGACGAAGGCGAGAGGCAGCAAGCAGGCGGGCACGCUCCAGCACUGCAGCCACAGGUGCGUCGCAGCGGAGGUGGGCCUGGGCCUGGGCCUGCAGGUGAAAGUGCCCCUGGCGUCGGUGUGCCUCGAGCACGGCGUCGGCUUGGAGGGGAACGCGCAGCUGCUGGAGGGGAUCGGAGGGCAGGUCCGAGGCCAGAGGAGGCCGUGGAUACUCGGAAGCGACUGGAACAUGGACCCGUGCCUCCCCCAGGAGUGGGCUCACAGGAACUGCGGGGAGGCGUACCCGAAUGUGGUGGACGACGUGCUGGCGCAGGCGGCAGGCAGGGCGCAGCACGUCAGGAAGCAGUUCCCCCAGGCGAUGCAAAGGCUGGUGGACCUGCUCGAGGCGAAGGACCUGGCGGCGGCGUGGCACAAGACCAGGUUCGUGGCAGGAGGCGAGGAGACGGCCAGGAUCUCGAUGCUCGCGUUCGCGGACUCGGGCACCGCGCUUGAGAGGGCGGCGGGAGCAAGGAACACCGGCUGCGACACGAACGACGGAAGGUUGAGGAGGACAGGAGAGCAGGACGCGAGGACCGACGGCGACCGCGAUCUGGGGGGGGCAGGAGUGACGGGCGCAGCGAACCGCGAGCUGCAGCAGCUCCGCAUCCAGGCGGCGAAGGCCGAGGGGCGGGCCGUCUGGAGGCGCGCCGGCGCACCCUGCGGCCUCAGAGCGUCGCGCUGGGGAGGCCAGCGAGACCCAGGAGCCUCGGUGGCCGCCGAGGGCGCUGGCGCAAGGGCGACGCGCGCGGCGGAGCCGACCAGGGCGCUCCCCAGGGGGGCGACGGAGGGCCGCUGGAAGGAGGCCGAGCGGCUGCUCAGCAGGAGGCGGCCGCGGGCGGGCGCAGUCAGCCCAGCUGUCGCGCCGAGGCUCAGCACGGUACGCCGCAGGAGCAUCCACGUGGACCCGGGCGAGGCUGCUUGGCUGCUUGACCGAGGAUUGGCCUCAAAAGACAGCUGCGAAAGGAGCAGGAGGCAGAGGGAGAUGCUGUGGCACCGCCACUUCGGCCGCGAUGCGGCGCGGGCCUCCAGGAGAGGUGUGCGCCCCGAGCUGGUGAGGUCAGCGGCGAGGAGGGCGCUGGAGCAAGGAGAGGAGGAUGGGGAGAGGUUCGCCAGGGGCGUGUUCCCAGAGGUGACGCCGGCCUGGAUGGCACCGCACGAGAGACCCGACCUGGAGGAGGUGAACUGGGUCAAGCGGCCGCGAAAUGGCUACCUCCAGGGGAGGGUCUUCGUGGAUGGGUCGGCGUCGGACCCCGCGGAGCAGAUCCUCAGGAGGGCAGGCUGGGCCAUCGUGCAGUACGGCGAAAUGGGCCUCGUGUUGGGGGCGGUGCGCUGUACUGUGCCGCUCGCGUGGGAGCCGCUGCAGCUGACGAGGGACGGCGAGGACUACGCGUUCCACUUCCUCUCGAACUGCUCGGCGGCGCCGCUCGAGGCGUUCAGCGACUGCGCGGGCCCGACCCGACAGGCGACGGACAUCCGCAGGGGCGCCAGCGACAGGCGCGGCGUGGAAGCACCCCUGCACGAGGCGCGGCGGAGCGAGCUGGGAGGGCGGGGCGAGGUGAGGGCGACGAAGGUGGAGGCGCACAGGUCCAGGGCCAAGUGCGCGACGGAGACCGAGCGGCAGGCAGUCGGCCUGGUGGCAGGCGCAACCGCCAGACGCGGGGGGGUCCCGAACGAGGCGGCGAUCGAGCUCGAGGAGAGGCCCGCGAACCUGAGCCAGGCAGAGGGCGAGGAGGCAGGAGGCGAAGAGCUGCAGCCAAUCAUCAGGUGGAUGGGCCACCACCUGGGCGAGUUCACCAGCGAGCAGGGCGAGCGAGGGCCAGCAUGCCAGAGGUGCGAAGCUUCAGGCGCCCAAGGCCACUUGAAGGUGAAGAAGAGGCGGAGGGAGCUCCGUUUCCAGGAGUGCAGAGGAGAGGGAAAGGGCUGCAAGGAGCAGCUGGGGAGGCAGAGGAAGGGGCUUCACCCGCUGCCGUCGAAGAGCCUCGGUGGGGUCUCGGAGGCCCUGUGGCAGGAGCUUGAGGAGGCGGCUGGUGGAAUGAUAGAGGGGCAGGAGGAAGAGCCCGACAG